AUGAAUGUAACAAUGAUUGUAUCGUUUGUAAUUGUAUAUGAAAAAAUUUGUGAACCUCUAUCAGCUCGUUUUGGUAUAUUUAAUCAUUUUCCAGAAUUAUUCGAUAAAAUAAUGAUAACAUUAACUCGUCUUAAUCAUGCUAUAUUUACUGUUUAUAUUCCACGUGUAAUAAUAAAACUUCGUUAUAUUUUAAUAAUAAUUUUUUUAAUACUCGGUAUUGCUGGUUUAUUUAUUGUUUUUCAUUAUCCAAAAUUAACUCCACCAAAAUCUCGUCGUUAUCAAUUUUUUCAAUUAUCACAUCCAUUUGAACGAUUUGAAUAUCAAAUGCGUGAUGAAUUUCUAUCGUAUAUUAAUGAAGAUAAAGAAAAUAUAACAAAUCCUUUAAUAGUAUUUAUAUUUGGUAUUGAAGAGACUGACUUAGUACAUCCAUUUAAUCCUGAUCAAGAAAGAUAUAUUGAUAAUGAAAAUGUAGUUUAUAAUAAAAAAAUUGAUUUUUAUGAUCCAGAAACAUUACGAUGGUUUGAUACAUUUUUAAAAGAUCUUAAUCGGAGUGAAUUAUUUUCUAAUGUUCAAGAAACUUAUGCACAAUGGUUAACAAUUGGUCAAUUAUUACGUGGAUUUUUACAAUCGGACCCAAAUAAUGAUUUAAAAUAUAACGAAAAUGAAUUUUUUGUUCCAUCAACACGUAAUGAAACAAGGAUUGCAAUGAAUCGUUUAUUUAGAUUUUUUAGUGAAUCUAAUCAACUUGCAUCAUCAAAUGAUGGCAAUCGUGGAAGUGAUAAUUUUCGACUUGGAUUUUUACCUGAUCCUAAAACAUAUCAGUUACGUGCCUUUUUAUUUCUUAUUAAGAUGAAUGUUACAUUUGAUACAUUUUCUGUUCAACAUGCUUAUUAUCAAAAAUUAGAAGAAUAUUUUGAAAAACGUUUAGAACAAUUAAAAUUGUCUGAAGGUUUAAAUGGUCAUGUUUAUGAACAAGUUAAACAUGGUUGGUUUGUUUCACCUCAAUUUUUAUUUUACGAUUUAAUGCGUGAAGUUAUCCGUGGUACAUAUACCUCUUUGAUAUUUUCUAUGCUAUUUGCAUUUUUUGUACUUUUAUUAACUUCUGGAAAUGUUAUUAUAACAUUAUAUGCAAUGAUAACAAUCACAUUUAUAAUAGCUGAUACAGUUGCAAUAUUUGUAUUAUGUGGCUGGGAAUUAAAUAUUCUUGAAACAAUCAUUAUUAUUAUGAGUGUUGGUCUUAGUGUCGAUUUUACUGUACAUUAUGGUGUUGCUUAUAUAAAAGCUGAUUGGCAAAAAUAUCAUGCACAUAUUCGAAGAACAUCAAAUGCAUUAAAAUCACUGCAUUUAAGUAAUGGAAAUCCAACGGAACAGUUGUUAUUAGAACAAGUACCUCAAAAUACAAAAGACUUAUCUUCAUCAUCAUUAUUUAAACGUAUUCAAGCUUGGCAUCAAAAAGGAAAUUUUCAACGUUUUCGUCGUAUUAAAAAUAGUCUUAUCCGUGUUGGCUCAGCUGUAUUUAUAGCUGGUUUUACAUCAUUUCUUGCUGGUUUAUCAAUGUCACCAAGCAAAUUGACAUCAUUUUCACAAAUGGGAUUUUUUCUUAUGUUAAUUAUGUUUAUUAGUUGGCUAUAUGCAACAUGGUUUUUUCUUCCAUUACUUUCAUUUGUUGGACCUAUUGAUAAAUUUGCUGAUAUACCAUUUAGUAAAUUAUGUCGAUGUACUAAAACAUCAUCAACAAAUGUAGUACAAACUUUAACAACUAAUGAAGAUGAACAACAACAUUUAAAAGUGAAAUUAAAUGACGAACAAUCAAUUUAA